AUGGACAUCACCAGCUUCGUCCUCUUGGGACGUGACAAUGCUCUCGUCUAUGGUGAUUACUCCACCUAUCACAGCCAGCUGUCCAAGCGCAUGCUGAGCUCGCGCAAGAAGCUGGGCAUUGCCACGCGGAACCGUGGCAAGUUCCACAAGACGGAAGCCAUCACUUCUGAAAAUAUUGCAGAAAAUCACGAAUAUGUGCAUUUGCUGCUGCUCACCAGCGAGCGGGCUUGGGCGCAGGCCAUGUCCAUAAAAGCUGCUCAUGCGACAGGACGCAAGGGAAUUGCCGGCCGCACUAAAUCGCACAUAGUCUCUCGGCUGAACCGAGCCGCCAUUACCGCCCACAGCCUCGUCGAAGCUCUCUCGGAGACCACGGUCUCGGGCGCCUCGACUCGCGACAUUCUCGAAGCGAAAGCCUACGAAGCCCUCAUUGUGGGCGCCAUGCAGUUUGAGAAGCACACCUGGCAGCCGUGCCUCCAGAGCUACGCUGUCUCAAGAGUCAUCUACACAGCACUGACUACGGCCGGGAAGGGCGACAUUUACAAGGACCUCCUUGCCGAUACUAUAGAUCCUUCGAUUCGAUAUGCCGCAUACCAGCUGAAGACGCCUCGCACCAUUCCGAUCCCGACUAUUGCACACAAGGCUUUUCCUGAUUCCGACAAAGUACUUGUAGAACAGAUCAACGAGGUCGACCCGGGUGCUUUGUCUGGAGAGUCUGACGCAAAAACAAGUCUGGGAAACCCCGACAAGGCUCCUGAUACCAUUACCUGGCGAUCGCGGGAAGUGCGCAUCGAAGACGCCCAAAUCGCCCUCGCCUGGGCUUCGGUCAACGCUGCAAAGCAAAACCUGGCCGAAAAUCUGGCCAAGGGCAAGAGCCGUUCUCCGCGCGAGGCUGCCGCUGCCUACGACGAUAUCUUGACGGCCACGCAGGAUGCUGUGGAUGCUACCAAGCAGGCCAUUGACGAGCUUCGGAGUGAGGGCGUUGCGCAGAGUGAUACCCGCAUGCAAAGCUUGCAAAUCACUCGCACCGCCGUCAACUUUGAAAUGAUUAGCUGGAGAAUUGGCCGCAACCGUGUCCUGACGGGAGAAUCAGACGGCGCUAUCGAGGAACACGGCCGCUCCAAGGCUAUCAAGAAGGCCGAGACUGAAGGAAACGAUGACGACGAGUCUGGCCCCACCGAGCUCCCUAUUUCGCGAAAGCUUACGAAGCUGAAGGAGAAGGCUGCUUUAUACGACGGGACUCUUCAAAAUCUCGAGUCCAUCAAGGAGCUGCCCGGCGUGGCUGCCGACGAAGCACUCUCGGGAAGGCUGAAUGCCUUUGUCAGCUACUUUAGCGCUCUCAAGGCAUUGUCUAUUGCUCGCUCGCACGCCAUCAUUGGCAACGUCGCAAACGCCCUCGCGCUCAUCCAGCACGCCUCUGAUCGUUGCCAGUUUGCCACCAAGCAGCUUCCCGAGUCUCCCUCUGGCGCUGCUGGCUCGCCCCCCAACAUUGAAGUCUCGAGCGACGCCGUCAGGCAGCUCUCUGACCUCGUCGACGGCGAGCUCCGCCGCCACCAGGCCAUUGUUCACGUUGACAAUCUGCGCAAGGAGGAGCUGGCCAAGAGCACCGUCGCCCCGGCCCCGCUGGUCGAGCGUCUGCACCAGUUCCCCGCUGGCGGCGUCGACCUCAAGAACAUUGUCGAGUUCCCGCCCAAAAAGGCCCUCAUCCCCGUCAAGCCGAUCUUCCUCGACGUCGCCUGGAACUAUAUUAGCUACCUGGGUAAGACCCCUGUUGCUGCUGCCGUCACAGGACAGACGCCAUCUACCGCUGAGACAGCCAGCCAGCCAGCGCAGCCCCAGAAGAGAGGCUGGUUCGGUUUUGGCAGGUGA